AUGAUCACUAUGGAACCGGACUACUUCAGAUGCACCCUAGAGGAAGUGAGUAGCCUCAUUGAGGAGCUGGAAGGAGAAUGGAACUCCCAUCUCCGGGAACGCCGAACAAAUAUCGAAAAACAGGAAGCGCUGGGUCAAGAGUUGACAGAGUAUUACGCGAAUUGUCAAGAUCUCGAAAAUGAAAUACAAUGGCUUCAUGAGGUGAAGCGGAGACGCUCCCAGCAAGCCGAACAUUGCGAGCGAGAGAAGCGCCAACACAUCCAGGAAAACUGGAGUCAUGCAGAUAAGAUGGUCAAGUUAGAGGAUGAUAUAAAGUUUUUGCAUGCGUACCGGAGGACACUCUUCGGUGGAGAAUCAUUCUCUCUAGUGCUUGAUGAGGAAACCGCCUAUGAAGAAUGGACUCGAAGGGCGAACCCAAAGGAAAGAAAUAGGGUAUCGAUGGAGGAGCUCGCCAAUUCCAUGCGGGCGCUUCGUGAAUCGAGUCGCAAAAAUGGCACGUCUGCGGGAAAUAAUGAGGAAGUACCGGGAGGUGAUGACGAAACUACCAGUCCGGAUGUCCCAGCACAGGACGACAACCUUCUCAAGGCCGAAGGACGAUCUAUAGUGCACGGAGUGAACGAGGGACAUCUCGUGGACCGCAAAGCAUACGCGCAGAUCCAUCCGGCACUGCAAUUACCAAGUCCAGAUGCGGCUGCCUCACUCGAGGAAAAACUUCACCAUUCGCCCUUCUUCCAUUGA